AUGUUAGUUAUCCCUAUAAACAAGGCAAAUCGAAAGAUGUCAGUCUCUGAAGAAUUUAAAUAUGAGAACCGUACAACAGUUGAGUAUUUUCGCUUGCUUGAUUUUUCAGAGGGCUGGCUUCUGGUUGCCAUCUUGUUUCUUUGCAUUUACCUCACCAUUCUGAUAGGUAAUUGCUGCAUUUUUGGUAUCAUUCGCUUUAGUUCAAGUCUUCACACCCCAAUGUAUUUUUUUCUUAGCAAUCUUUCACUACUCGACAUCUGUUACUCAUCCGUCUCGCUCCCCUUCAUGCUGAUAAACUGCAUUUCCGGGAACACAAGGGUGUCUUUCAUCAAAUGUAUUGUGCAGCUGUAUUUCUUUGUCUCUUUAGGGGGAGCAGAGUGUAUUCUUUUGGCUGUUAUGGCCUAUGACCGAUUUGUUGCCAUAUGCAACCCACUACAUUAUGCCAAAGUAAUGAGUGGGACGCUCUGUGCAGGCCUAGCGGCUGCGUCAUGGGCCAGUGGUUUCCUAAACGCUAUACUUCAUACAGUCAUGACAUCUAUACUCUCAUUCUGCCAGGCUGAGCAGAGCAUCGACCAUUUUAUCUGUGAUAUCCCCCCUCUUAUAAAAGCUGCUUGUAAUUCCACCAAUACCAGUAAAACAUUAUUGUAUGUUGUCAGUGUCUUCUUGGGGUUCACUCCUUUUCUUUUUAUUGUAAUUUCCUAUGUACAUAUCAUCUCCACCAUCGUGAAAAUAAAGUCUUCAGAAGGGAGGCAAAAAGCCUUCUCAACAUGCUCAUCCCACCUCAUUGUGGUAACAAUGUUCUAUGGAACAGCCAACCUCAAUUACGUAGGCCCUACCUCUGGCUACCCGUUACACUUAGAGAGAAUGUUUUCCCUGUUAUACAGCAUCUCAACUCCACUUUUAAAUCCUGUCAUCUACUGCCUGAGGAAUAAAGAUGUUAAAGGGGCCCUAAAGAAAACAUUUAGAAAAGCUUUGUAUUAUUAA